GGGCAGUUGAUAAGGUUUCGCUUAUUUAUUCAGUUUAAAGUUGAAAUUUGAUUGAUUUGUUUGCUACAAAAAAAAAUUAAAACAAAUUAUUACAAAUAUAUAUAUUGUUUCAGUAUACGAAGUUUUACUGAUAUAAAUGCAAACAUUAAUUAAAUUUUUAUUAACAAUUGCGUUUGAGGGUCAAUGCUCCAUGCCUAUCGUUUAUUAGCCGUCAUCAGUGAUACGUCAAGGUGAGCAUGUAUCGUUAUUGGGGCUAGGCACAAAGCAGUUGAUUAAGACACAUACAAUCCCUUGAAUCGAUGCAAUUUUAGCACAUAAAUUUACUCUUCGUCGUCAAGUUUCUUGCCCCAAAGUUGCAUAUAUUGUUCUGUUUAAAUAAUUCUGUUAUUAUCUAGGCGCUCCAGUAACGGCAAAGGUAAAAUAAGCGGCCUUAAACAACAAAAAAUAAAACAAAUCACAUACAUCCACAUGCACUAUGCAAUCUGGAAGAAUUAUUUUUUUACACGACUUGUUUGCACCUCAAUAGUUUUACAAUCGACAUGAUAUAUACUAAUGUAUAUUUUAUAUCGUUAUCGUAGUUAUUAACUGAAGAAAAAACUCACUUCUAAAGACUUUUCUGAAUACGCUAUUUAUGAAAAUAAUCUUCUUAACUAUAAGUUACUGUAUUUUCGUGUGAGCAAUGAACAAUGAUUUUUUUUCGCCGAUUUCACUUUGCCAAACUCAGACAUGGAGUUGACAGUGUUGCCAUGCCAUCGUUUAUAUUCACUUGGCUGCACUGUCAAAAAGGUGUUGUAUAAUGUUAUUUAUCCAACUUAUUUUUCCCACGUAAAGAACGAAACAUUUUAUUUUUAUCUAUGAUUUUAUUUAUACGAAAAAACAAGAACGAUAGCUAUACUCCAUAAAUGUUCCAUUUUUAAUAAUAAAUACUAUUAAGGUUAGAGGUGUUAAUUUAAUUUAUUAAUGUUCCACUCAAAGAGCGCAUUGAUAUAGACAUUCAUUAAAAAAUAACUAAUAAAGACAUACAAAUAAAAAUCACUUUUCCAAUUAAAAUAGGAUUUUAAACUAGGUAUGGAGUAAAAUUAUAUAUAGAUAUAAGCAUUUCAAGAAGCAAUGCGUACAGCAUUGAAAAUUGCAAUUAUUUUACAUUGCAUCAAAAUGGAAACGAUGAGCUUCUUGCAGUUUUUCUUGUUUGUCUUCACGUUUUUCUUUAAUAUACAAAACCAGUAUAAUAAGCACUAUGACCAGGCAUGUGCCGCCCAAUGCCACCACACUCAUUAAAAUCAAUUUACUGGGUGUAACGAAAAGCUGAGCUUUCCAAUGCUGUGGUUCACUCACUGGCUUCGGUACAACAAUAAUCUGUGAGUUCGGUAUAACUUGUGUCCAAGUACGUGAUUUGCUGCCCAAACCAACUGUUAGCGAGUCUACGAAAUUGGGUGUACGUCCAAGACCGAAAAUAGUGUAUGGCAGUUGCAGAGCGAAAUAAGCUGAUUGUGGAAGUUGAACACUUGAACCUUGUUGUUGGUCGCCCUCUUGUGUGGUGGUAGAGUAGGUAAUACGUGGACCAGGUAAAUUCGUGCCAUAAGUUCGUCGCUUCCUACCUAAUGGUGUUGUUUGUGUAGGAUUUUUACUAUUUAUAAGUCCCGUAAGAACAAUAACUUUAACAAAAUUUGCAUCAUAGUCCAGUGUGUUACGGAAUGCUAGUGGUCGAUACUUUCCUUGUUUAGUUUUUUCAAUGAGUAUAACAUCGAGAACACCUUUAAAAUAGGAAAAUUAUUGUUAUAUGUGCAUUUAGGCAUUUUAAAUUAUAUACCAUCUUGAUAGAAAUCGUAAAAUGCGCCGGCGACAGUUUCAUUCCCCAUUGGACUUAAACCAUUCCAUUUAACUUCAAAAGUACGUUUUAGGGGUUUGUUACACAUUUUGCAUGGCACAUUCUCUAAAAGAAAAGUUUGCAUACGCUUUGGUCCGCUAAUAGUAUGAAGUGUUAUAAUUAAAUCGGGAUAACCAUCCAUAUUAAAGUCUCCGCUACGUGCUGUGAUGGUUUUAAGGUAAACAUCUGAUUCAAUUGAAGGAACAAAGCCCCAUAGUACACCUUGUGGAUCCUUAAAGUUUACAUGAACAUCACGGAAGCUUUUACCAUCGUACACCAAAACUGUUGAGUUUGAGCAGUCUGUUUGUAUGCAAACGGGUAAUAUAAUAUUUUCGACGCCCUCUAACUCAAAAUCAGCAAAUACCGCUUGACCAAUCAUGAAAUUUGAUGAACCAAUGAUAUCAAUAUCAAUGCUGUGAUUAUAACUAAAAUCCUCCUUUUCUUCAAUACGACCGUACCACACCUCAUAGUUUUUUUCUGUUUGUACUAUAAGGUCAGCUGUGAAGUCACCGUUAAAAUCUAAAUAGGCAUUGGCAUUAGGUAUACGUAUAGAUGCGGUAGUUUGUUCAGAACCGCUUGGUGGUGCUUGUGUACGUUUUUCUGGAGCUUUUCGUUGAGGUUGAAAUAUCCAGAAUGCUCGCUCACCAUUUUUAUCCAAUCCGAACAGAUCGAUGAUCAUAUCACGAUUAAAGUCCAAUGCCAAAGGCUCACCUUGGGUGAUUAAAAUUGGAUUUCCAACAUUGGAGCAAUUAAUACCAUCUGGACCGCCCCAAUUGACAUGUAUAUUAUAAAUAUUUUUCACCGCAUUUCGUUUUGGUCGUAGCGUUACAAGUACAUCCAUUAAAGCAUCACCAUCGAAAUCUCCUGGUACUACACUAGUGAUUUCAUACCCAUCGAAAUUACAAUAGGGACCAUGUCGUAAGAGAGGUUCCGUAUAAGCACCUUUAAAAGAAAUAUAUAAAUUAUAAUAAAUUAAUGUACAAUAAAUAUAUGUAUGAAGAUGAAAUACCAUAUAGAAUUUCUAGGGUACUCAUUUGAUCUCUUAUUAAAAAGACAUCAGUUAACUCGUCAGAGUUGAAAUCCCCAAAUGCUGCAACAAUGCCUUCCUUUACAUCGCCAAAUACUUGCUGCGUGAUAUCACUGCAUCUGGACAAUGUAAUAAACGUUAGCAAUAUUGCAGCUUUUACACUCUUUUCGGUAUAAUACUGCAUUGUUUACUAUUUUUUGUGUUAAACUUUCAGUAUUAUUAGUAAAAUCUCAUUGUCUGCUAAUAUCGAUUUACAAUGAUUGAAAUCGAGAAAAUCGUUAUUUUCACUUUCACCUAAUUAAAAUUGCUCUCGCUUAUUUUGCACUACGCACGGUUUUUGCUUCUUUCUUAUUAUUUCUUAUUGUAUUUCUUUUAUUUACUUAAAUUAAUAUACUUAUUAAUUAUGAAAAAUUCGGAGAAUAGUGAGUCAGAAGAUAAUAUAAGCCAAACAAAGUAGAAUUUGUCAGCUGUCUGAUUGGGCAGAGUUGCUUUUCUAUUGGUUAAAAUUUAACUUUUCUUUCAAUUUUUUAAAAAUUAGGAUUAAAAAUAUAUAGAUAUAGAUUAGCUUAUAUCAGAGAAUGUAAAAAUUAGGAUUAAAAAUAUGUAGAUAUAGAUUAACUUAUAUGUUGACGAUUAUUAUUAUGGAAACCCGUAAAUGUGUAUACGGAUUAUGGAACAAACCACAUUAAUUUCAUGUAUAACAUCUCAUAAGGUUGAGUAGAGUAUGCGACUACACAAUCUACGGAAAUUUCGUUCGUAUAUAUAGAGAAAAUUUACAUUCUCUGCCCUUAUUAUAUUUUACAUUCUUUGUCUCUUAUAUAUCGGUUUUGUUUUGACCACGUCGUAUAUAACUUGGCAGCACAACGGCCUUCUCAUCUGUCAUUGUUUUUUAUUCUUUUUAACAUCAUUAUUCUCACUGCCCAACAAUUACGGUCAAAAUUUGCCAACACAUACCAUUUUGUACGUGUAAAUUGUAAAUUUUUCCAGGGAAAAGUGCAAAUAAAUAUUUAAAAUGUUGCCGAAACUUAAAAUAUCUGUAUUUCUGUUGAAGCGUCUCGAGCGCAUCAAACAGCAAUGCAGCGGCUGCCUCUUUGGAGUUCUAUAUGGAGAAGGCACAUUGUUACUUAUGGCAUUUAAUGUUGAGUCCACUAUUGGACAUCUGAAUUACGAACAAAUUCAAUAUAAAUUUCCUGCAGAACUAGAUUUGUGCGGAUUGGUAAAAUUCGGCGACUGCACCGAUGCUGAGGCACAUUUAAAUGAAAUCUUAAAGGACGUAGAUAUUACAGAUAACCCAAUAUUAUUACAGUGCGAGUUGGGCACACUUGUAGGAAUGCGUGCAUGUGUUUUUAUACACAGUAAAUUGGAAGAGGUGCCUUAUGAAAUUAUGGAAGCAGAACAAUUGUAUCGUGAUUUUUGUUUCACAAAACUAAAAUGUAGUCUGGAGCUUUAUACACCACAAACAGUAGAGGCGGUACGAAAAGAAAUGCAUGCGUUACGUAAAUUGCUCUCCGGCGGCAGUUUAGCUUUUUGUUUACAAUCUACUAAAAUAUUUGUAACAAGCGCCGGGGCACAAGGUCAGGGCAUAACAAAUGAAUCGCUAAUUAACAAUGUUUUAAAUGCCGUGAGUAAAGCUAUAAGCAGUGCAGAUGAGAAUCAUGAGUAUGUCGAAAAAGGUAGCAAAAAGAAAGUGCAAAGUGCGAGUGUGUCAUUAGCGAAUGUAUUUGGAGCACUAGGUUGCGCUUAUGAUAUAUUACGAAUUAAUGUGCUACGGUGUAAAACACGAGAACGCAAUGCAAUAGAGAGUACGGGUGGCAGUAAUCAAACGGCACCGCCCGCAGUUGCAAUGUGUGUAAAACGUGAAGAAGAAAAAGUAUGUAUGCCAUUAGAGGUAGAAGCGAUGGCGAUGCUUUGCAAAAGCACCAAAGUAAGUCGAUUGUACGACAUACUUAUCGAAAGCAUAUGCCGCUCAUUGCGACUAUUCGAACAAAGCAUGGUAGAGCGUUUAGACAAUUCCACUGAAACACCACAGCUGCUUAGGCCUUCUGGCUACCACUUUUUUCCUCAGGAGUUUGGACAUUUCUUGUCGUGUUCGUACUUGGACGGAGUAUCGGAUGAUGAAACUAGUGUACAGGAUAAACGUAAGAAAUUACAUCGGCAUUUUGGAUUACCGGUCACACGACCAUAUUUUCGACGUGCCAACCACUGUCUCUUCUAUGAUGAGCUUAGCAAACCAGCACCGUUGGUGAACACACAUGUGGGUUUGCGACCUAGUGGCAUUGCCGACGGUAGACAAUAUCUUGUGCAGGGAAAUUACUAUUACUAUCAUUAUUUGCAACAACAAAUGCAAGAUAAAGGUUGGGGAUGUGCGUAUCGAUCAUUGCAGACGAUUUGUUCAUGGUUUCUGCUGCAAGGAUAUACAGAAAAACCAGUACCAACUCAUCACGAAAUACAAAAACAUUUAGUAAAUAUUGGCGAUAAGCAAGCCAAUUUCGUUGGAUCCACACAAUGGAUAGGUUCUACGGAAGUCAGCAUGUGUCUUCAAGGCUUUCUUAACGUUGACUCAAGAAUACAGCACGUUACUUCUGGCGCCGAAGUAGCUAAUCUUGCUUCUGAUUUGGCCAUGCAUUUUCAAACACAAGGUACACCCAUUAUGAUCGGAGGUGGCGUAUUGGCACACACCAUAAUCGGCAUCGACUACUGCUCGCAAACGGGGAAAGUUAAGUUUCUGAUAUUAGAUCCGCAUUAUACGGGCGCAGACGAUUUACACAUGAUACAGACGAAGGGUUGGUGUGGUUGGAAGGGUGGUGAUUUUUGGGAAAAAAAGAGCUACUACAAUCUUUGUAUGCCACAGCGACCGAUUAUAUUUUAAUGAUACCAGUGCGAUGUUUGCGUAUGUUUUCAAAAGUCAAUGUU